AAGGAAUUCAAGUGUCCUUCGACAUUUGUGCGUGUUUGAUGAAUGGGUAUAUGGAUGUCGCUGGCGUGCUGUUUGUAACAUAGCGUUGAUACGCUUCUUAUUCUCUUCCCUUAUUUAUGGUUUUCCAUUAUUCUAUUCGGUUAGGCAUGCAUAUUCUCGGAAGUCGGCCCUUGUGCGUGUUUGUAACGAAUAGUUAAUGUAAUCGACGUGCGCGUUUCCAAGCUUUAACAAUGAUUUUCAUAACUAAUAUCAGAUAGUAAAAAUAAUAUUGAAAAGAAAAUAGAAAAAAAUUGUAAUCAAAAUAUUCCCAAAGUUACAAUAGAAAAAAAUGUUCUCUUAUAUUUUUCAACAAAAGUUAAAUCUAAUACAAGAUUUCAUUUAAAAUUAAUAAAAUUUCAAAUUAGCAUCAAAAUGAAAAAAUCAAUUCAGAGAUCAAACAUUAAAAUAACAAUUUUUAAACUAAUUAUCUUUAUUUACUUAUACUUACUAGCUUUAAUACUACCAUGAGAAACUUUUAACAGAGAUCAAAAAAUUCAAUAUGAAAUACAAAUUUUAAAUAUAAUUUAAUGUCUUCUUUUAAUUUCUUCUUUGUUAAAUUUUGUAUUAUUAAUUUUUUAUUAAUGUAUUAACCCUUUGCACUCCUAUGUCGAGUGUGACUCAACAUCAGUUUUUAUUUCAGGAGCUACUUUGUUGAGUCCCACUCGACAUUCUUUCAGUUUCACCUUUUUUUGUGAAAUGUGUGAAAGAAAACAAGGAUUGCAUCCUGGAAAUUGUUUCAAGAUAUAUCAUACGCCUAAAAAUUACAAAAUACAACAAUAGUGUGAAUAAAACUGAAAAGUGGAUGGAAGCCCAGAAAAAUGGAGUGUUUCGUUAUAUAUUAAACAUUCAAGAUUCAAAAAUAUUGGAAGGCAAAUAUCACUUUUUAGUCCAGCUAAAUAUUGAUCGUGGUUAUAAAAGAAGAUCUCCAGAAAAUAUUAUUUCGAUGAACCAACCUUUCAAUGAGAAAGACUUUAACUUUACAAAACUUGUGUCAGAAGAACAAAUAAUGAAUUUAAAUAAUACAGACAAAGAUGAUAUAAUUGCAAUUAAUGCUAGUCCGAUUGAAUACUGUCAUUCUCUGCUGUUGCCACAAAGAUGUAAACAAUUACCUCAACUUGUAACAAAGCAUAGCUUAUUGAAAGCUAUUGAGUUGUUUUCCUUGAGUUUGUCUUCAUAUAUCAGGGUGGCUUUUAACAGUCUUUGUGCUUUUGCAUCUGUGAACCAUCUUCAUUGGCAUUUAUACUACUUGAGAUGGAGGAUGUUACUGGAAUAUAUUGAUCUUGAAGAACAUGCAGGGCCUAUACAAAUAUUAAGAAACUACCCAGCAAAAGGAUUUUGUAUAAAGUAUUCCAAUGUCCAGAAUAUGGAUGACUUUGUUAAUUGGGCAUUUUUGAUAAUAGACUAUUUGCAAAAUAAACAAAUAGCACACAAUAUAUAUAUUACGAGAGGUAAAUCAAAUAUUAAAGAAAAUAAAGAGGAGUACAGAGACGUAAGAAUUUAUAUUUGGGCCAGAAAAUCUACUCAAGGUGCAAAAGAUAUUCAUGCGUUUAAUCUGGCAGCUUGCGAACUUUUUGGACACUUGUCAAUGAAAUCCAAAGAGGCAUACGAGAACGUUACGGAGGAAUAUGUAACACGCGCUUUGCGAGAGGCAACUGAAGAAACUUUCUCUUCCGUCGCUGCUGAAAUUAAAGCGUUAGUAGAGUCCCAAUAAAUGCAGCUGCAGUACAAAAACAGACAGUGUAAUACUUUCGAAAUCUAUAACUAAGCAAAAGCAUAUAAAUUUGGAAAUGGAGAAAACAACGCGGAGCUAAAAUAGUGUCCCCAGUAACAUUAUGCUUAAACCAUUUUAUAUUUGCGAACUAUAUUCGGUUAUCUUUAAAUUAGCAAAAAGAAAUUGUUUCCAAAUCCAAUUUCGCCGUUUGAGAGAUGCACAUUCAUAUACAUAUACAUAUACAUGUAUAUGGAUGUACAUUCGUGAUCUCUGGCAUAGUAACAUAACAUUCCUAUUGAACGUAGCAACCGCGAUUCGCACGGUGUCAAUUCAGACCACUCGUGUUCUGGUAUAGGCAAAUUAAAACAAAAUUGAUGUAAUAUUACAACUUUACUGUGUACAUUUUUUCAUUAGUAUAAACAACUAUUACUAUAAUAAUGUUGAAGAAAAUAUUAGGUUGGUGUGAUUACUAGUUCCUACAUACAAAGUUGGUACGACUUCUAACGACGCUCUUUUGUUUUGGCGUCCGCCACGUGUUAAUCAUCUGAGUGUAUCUGGUGUGUUUAUAUGGCUGUACAUGGUGGUGAAAUACAGAACGUAAAAGCUGAA